CCGCCCGCUUACGAGCAGCCUUAUUCUCGAAGGCGGCCUGCGCCGCAGAGGGCUCGCGGCGAGAGGAGGCGGAGGCGCGGCAGCGCUGUCUGCGCGGGGGGGAGCGAUUCUGGAAGCCGGGCUGCGCUGUCUGCGUGGCGGGCGCGCCGUGUAGCGGCGGGGGGCAGCCGCCGCCUCCCCCGCCCGGCGGCUGUACGCCGUUUGCGUAGCGUGCCCCAAGAUGGCGUCGCGGUCGUCGUCGUUGGCGGUGGCCGGAGCGUUGGCAGCGGCGGCGGAGCGGCUGGAAGUGAAGGGCGGGAUGAGGCGGGCGAAAGGCGGCAGCGCAUAGCGGGCGGCUCCCGGCCUGCGGGAGACAGAGCGAGACCGAGAAAGAGACUGUCACGGGGAGGCGGCCCCCUCUGUCCCCCCGUCCUUCCCGCCCGCCCCUCGCGGGAGCCCCGGCGGGUCCUGCCCGCCCCCGCCCUCUAGGCCGCGGCCCCGCCGUCCUGCGGCCUCCCCCGCGGCCGCCCCUCGGAGCGGAGGAUGAUGAAGCUCAAGUCCAACCAGACGCGCACCUACGACGGGGACGGCUACAAGAAGCGGGCGGCCUGCCUGUGCUUCCGCAGCGAGAGCGAGGAGGAGGUGCUGCUGGUGAGCAGUAGUCGUCAUCCCGACCGAUGGAUCGUGCCCGGGGGCGGCAUGGAGCCCGAAGAAGAGCCCAACGUGGCCGCUGUGCGAGAAGUCUGUGAAGAGGCUGGCGUGAAAGGGACGUUAGGAAGAUUAGUGGGAAUUUUUGAGGCAGGCACAAAGCGAGGAGCUGCGCGUGAGGUGCGGCAGCGUCCCGCGCGGCAGUGUCCAGCGCAGCAGCGUGCGGCCCGCGCGCCUCGCGCCUUUGAGCUUCGCGGUCACCGUGCUCCCCUUGCCUUCCAGAACCGCGACAGGAAGCACAGGACGUACGUGUACGUGCUCAUCGUCACCGAGGUGCUGGAGGACUGGGAGGACUCUGUCAAUAUUGGAAGGAAAAGGGAAUGGUUUAAGAUAGAAGAUGCCAUCAAAGUUCUGCAGUAUCAUAAACCAGUGCAAGCCUCGUAUUUUGAAACCUUGAGGCAAGGUUGUCUGGCGAACAACGGCACUCCGGUCAUGACCACGACGUACUCCGAGGGCUCCGUGUCUGACAUCAGAUGACUGCAGACGGCCCCGGGAGAGCAGUUUGACAAACAGACUGAAACACGGAUUCCCCCCGCCCCUUUUUCACACGCCUCCUCUAUCAAACAAGGCCUGGGCAGCAGAGCAGGUGUUGAGAGUGCUACCGUUUAGUGCAAGGUGGGAUUUUUUUUUGUCGUUGUUGGCUUUUUUUGCUCUUUUGGAUAUGUAUUUUGUAAAAUACAUUUUGUGCAUGAAGUGCCCCGUCCCGUGACACCGCUUCCACGGCCUGGCCGGCGAGGCUGCCCCUUCUGCCUCUGCUGUGUUCUCGAGUGUCCCGUUUGUGUCAUCCCAGCCGUAGCCACUCUUUUUUUAAUUAAAAGACUCCGAAUGUGAGAUCAGCUCUUUAAGUCUUAGUCUGUACUGUCAGGUGCUGUUCAGACCUGUGUGGUGGUCACUUUCAGCGCGUAUGUAUAAACUUUUUUUAGAUGGAGAAUCUAACCUUUUAAUUUUGCGGGAAUUUUUUACUCCUGGUGUGCUUCCGCAAGGAAGGGUUCGUAACCGAGCUGUUUGCCUUCUGUUCUGUUUUCAAACAUCCGCGUUCUGUGACAGUGCUCGUGGCUGGGCCCGUUUGCUCCCAUCCAGUACCUCCUGGUUCAGUGCAGUGACACUCGAGGGCAGUUUGAGCACCUGCAGACAUCCCCGCUCCUUCUCCUGCAGCUUCUGCCAGUGUUGCCGCAUUUUCAUCAAAACAAAGAGGAGUUGGUCUUUAACACUUGGCCAAAAAUAAAUAGCCUCAGAAACGCUGCGGUAGAAACUGAAUCUCGUUGUCUGUGGUAGGAAUCGGGGAUUGAGAGCGGGGUCAAAGUCAGACAAACUGGAGCGUCGCUCACCGCUGCCGCCGGUCCCGCCGCGCUCUGCUGACGGCUCCUCUUGUCCACAUGCCUUACACCGAGCCGAACUGGAGACGUGGAAUUCGUGCUGACGCAUCGGAUUGUGCUCGCUGAGCGCUACUGCCCGGCCCCUCGGUUGGACAACCGUGCGUGUCCCUGAACAUGAGUCCUGGGGGAAAGGUUCAGGCGCCCAGUGUCUUGUCCUGUGGUUCUGCAGCACUUUGGUGGCACCACGGGCGCGCUCGAACGUUCAAGCUCCCUCGGCGCAGGCACGGCUGCCCGGGAGCAGGGCCGCCGCAGACCCGCCGCUCCGUAGGACCGUUCCCCCGAUGCAUUGGCACACUUCACUUUUUGUUGUUACUUUUAUUGAUGUAAGUCUCAUGCUGUCUUGAUUUGCCAACAGUGUUGUCUAGUUGGGAAGUGAAAUGGGAAGGGUUGGGGCUGGGGGGGUUGGGCAGGUACAAGUUUUGGGAGGGGCAUUAAUUAAUCCCUGGCUUGGGACAAGAAGUAGUUGCUGACUUCGGUAGCUUCUCCUUGUCAGAGCAUAGCCAAGAUGUGAAAUUAAAUCUGCAGUACUCUGGUUUUUUCUUUUUUCCUCCUCUUUAUUUAACAAAAAAAAAGUUCUAAUAAUACUCACUGUUCAGAGUUUUCUCUCUUCCCGAGGAGCACUUACAAUAUGAAAAUCUGAUAGAAAUAUCCAUGGAGCCCGGGACACGAGGGAAUGGUAUCCUUGCUGCCUUGGCAAGAGGCUGUUUGUUUCAGGAUCCUUUUCUGUUCCGCUCCCUGUUCUUGCUUUCAUCGGCGCGGGGCGGCAGCGGCAGCGCCAGGAGCAGUGCCAGUGGAGCCCGACAUGGAAAACCAUGCGUAAGGAAGAGCUGAGAGGAGUUAUUCAAGAACUGGCUUGAAACCACCAGUACCUGGAACUGAGCCUAAAUUGCACUAGUUCAGUUCACUUCAACUUAGAGACGAAUGUACAAUAAACACUGUCUUACUCUGCUGGUCGGCCUGAACCAAACUCUGCAAAGGGCUGGAGCGGAGCGCACGAGCAACGCGGCCGCCGUUGGAGCCGCGAGCGGCUCUCCCCGCGCCUGCCGCCUUCCGCCGCGUUCCGUCCUCUGCGCAGAUGGGUGUGUUGGAAACGCUGUGCAACAGACAGCUGGUACUCCUGAAAGAGUAACUGCAGUUUUAAUAUCAACAGCAUGCACACUUUUGUUUUUAAACUAAAAAUGUUUUUACAGGGCUGUUAAACUGACAAUUUAGGGUAGAAUAUUGUUAAUGACUUGCUAAUGGCUUAUUUGUUUGGGUCAGAAAAUAAAUUGUGCCAAGAAAGUG